UUCGAAGGGAGACUUAAAAUCGCAUUUUCUCCCCAUAAACCCUAAAACCUUAAACGCUUCCAUUAGAGAGACAUCACCUUUCUUUUGUUUUUUUUUUUUCUCUUUUUGUCGUUGUUGUUGUAGCUCUUUGUUGCUGUUGCUGCUGUUGUUGUUGUAGAAGAAGUCCUGAAAUCAAGAUGCAGCACGAUGAGGUCAUAUGGCAGGUCAUUAGACACAACCAUUGCAGUUACAUGGCCAAAAUUGAAACUGGGAAUUUCUGUAGAAACCCAUAUAAUGUAACUGGGAUUUGCAAUAGAAGUUCAUGUCCUCUUGCUAAUAGCCGUUAUGCUACCAUUAGAGAGGAUAAAGGAGUGUUUUAUUUGUAUAUGAAGACAAUAGAAAGAUCUCAUAUGCCCGGUAAAUUAUGGGAAAGACUUAAAUUACCCAAGAAUUAUGAGAAGGCACUUGAAAUCAUUAACAAUAAUAUGAUGUAUUGGCCAAAGUAUCUUGUGCACAAAACGAAGCAACGUCUUACCAAAAUGACUCAGAUGCGUAUACGUAUGAGGAAGCUUGCUCUGAAAACAAGGGAGACGGUAAUGACUAUGCCAAGGAAGGUGGGAAAGAGAGAGAAGAGGAGAGAAGAGAAGUCUCUACAGGCUGCACAGCUGGAAAAGAAUAUUGAGAAAGAGUUGAUGGAACGUCUUAAAGCUGGACUUUAUGGUGAUAUUUACAAUUAUCAUGAAAAAGCUUUCAAUAAUAUUAUUGAAACAGAAGAGGCUCUAAAGAAAGGUAAAAAAGUAGUGGAUGAUGAUGAAGAGGAGGACGAGGAGAAGGAAGCAGAAGUUGAAUAUGUUUAUUUGGAAGGAGACGAAUUUGAAAUGGAGGAUGACAUGGAAGAUUUCGGUCUUGAUGGUUCUUUUGAAGAUGAUGAUACUGGAAAUGAUGACAAUGACGAUGAUGAAGUUGAAGAUACUUCUGGUCGAAAGAGAUCACGAAAAGAGUCCGGAGUGGUGGUUGAAAAACGUGAGAAAAAGGAUUCACAUGCUAAGUUGAAGAGGAAGACUCGUGUACAUGUUGAGGUUGAGAAUGAUGCUGGUGAAAGGCGAACAGGAGUACACUGAGAACGUCAGAGUUUAGCUGACCUUGAACAGCUCACUUAAAAGGCCCCAAUUUUGUUGUCUGGAUCUAUUAUAGGAGAACUUUUUCUGGUUGCAAGAGCAUAAUGUUAUUUUUGAAAAAGAUUUUGAUUUAUUACUCUCUAUUUGAAUGGCUUUGGGUGUUCCUGGAUUCUUUUUGUUUUCAUUGUGAUUUUUAUUUUUUGAAUA